CGCAAGGGCGGCCUGGCGGCGGCGGCGGCCGCAGCGACCGGCGGCGCUGCGGCCGCCUCGCAGGCGGCGGCGCCGAGCGUCCCUGCCGGCCCCCCUGCCGCCGAAGCCAAGGCCCGGGCCGGCCAGGGCCCAGGCUCGGGGGCAGCGACUGUGGAGUUGAUACUGUCGGCGCUGACGCCCCUGGGCGUGCCGCAGGAGCCGAUGGAGGACGUCAAGGAGCAGAUCAGGCGCUGCGAGGACGUCGCGAGGUUCCUGCAGGAGCAGCGGGACUUCUGGAUGGAGCAGGCGGCGUGGUGGCACCACUUCCGCGGCACCGCGGAUUACAGCUCCCGCGGCCACGUGAUAGUG